AGCACCAUAAUCCAAGACCAAACAACACAUCAUCUCUUAACUAACCACAAACUCUCACUUCUCUUGGGAAUAAACACAAACACCUCCCGUGCAAUACACCAAUGGAGGAAAUACUAGCAUUCUCCGACGCCAUGGACCUCGGAUGUGGCAUCGCGUUGCCGAUGAUGAUGAAGGCCAUGAUCGAGCUGGACGUGCUGGAGACCAUGGCAGCAGCUGGGUCCGGCGCUCUGCUCUCGCCGGAAGAGAUAGCGUCAAAGAUCCAAACCAGCAACCCUGAUGCCCACGAGGUGCUCGACAGAAUGCUUCGGUUCUUGGCCGCGCACAAAGUGAUGAUGUGCGACGAGAUGGACGGAGAGGAGGAUGGGAAGAGCAAGAGGCGCUAUGGACUGGGCCCGGUUUGCAAGUUCUUCACUAAGGAUGAGGAUGGAGUCUCUCUGGCUCCACUCUUGCUCAUACACCACUCCAAGUUCAUGGCGGAUACAUGGCCAAAUAUAAAGCAUGCAGUGUUAGACGGGAGUGUCCCAUUUGUGAAGACUCAUGGAAUGACAGUUUAUGAGCAUGAGAACAAAGACCCCCAUUUUAGUGAGCUGUUCAACGAAGCCAUGUUCAACCAGACCACCAUGUUCAUGAAAAAAAUGCUUGAAAACUACAAGGGAUUUGAAAGAAUUAAUGUGCUUGUGGAUGUGGGUGGUGGUCAUGGUGCCAUUCUUUCCAUCAUACUAUCCAAGCACCCCCACAUCAAAACCAUCAACUUUGAUUUAUGUCAUGUGGUCUCUAAAGCAAAACCCAUUCAAGGAAUAGAGUUUGUAGGGGGAGACAUGUUUGAAAGUGUUCCAACCGGUGAUGCCAUCCUUAUGAAGGAGAUACUUCAUAAUUGGAGUGAUGCAGAUUGUAUAAAAUUAUUGAAGAAUUGUUGGAAAGCAUUGCCAAACAACGGGAAGAUAAUUGUUGUAGAGCAAGUUAUUCCAGAAACCUCUCAAAAUGCUAAUGAAUUAAAGAAUGCUUUUCUUCUAGAUAUUAUUAUGUUGGCUUUCAGUGUUGGAGGGAAAGAAAGGUCUAAAAAGGAGUAUCAGUUUCUUGCCAAAGCCGGUGGCUUCUCAAGGUUAAAAAUCGUGUGUAAUAUCUAUGGCUUUUUCCGUCAUGGAAUUCUAUAA